UAUAUUUGUGAGAGUGUAGUUGUAAAUAUUUGUCACUUUUGACUGCUUUUGACAUUUACAAAAUUCCUAACCUUUCUACGAGACUGUACGAAAUCGUGAGUCAAUUAAAAGAAAAAUGCCAGGCCCCAAUUUGCCAGACAUUCCAGCUUCGCUGAAGGGCAUGCAGCAUUAUUUAAAAAUAGCCACAGAACAUGAUAAUCGAGACCCCGUUGUUAGUUAUUGGGCUCGAAUCUAUGCUCUUCAAAUUGGACUUAAGCUUUCGACAAAAACUUCAGAAGAAACUAAUUUUUUGUUGAAAUUGAUGGAUUGGUUGGAAGCAACAAAGAAAGCCAUGCACGAUAAUGAAGCAAUUACUAAUGAUGUUGCUGCGCAAGCUCAUUUAGAAAAUUGGGCUCUAAAACUCUUUUUAUAUGCCGAUAAGAAUGAUCGGGCUUCAAAUUUUGGAAAGAGUGUCGUUCAAAGUUUUUAUACAGCAGGAAUACUUUAUGAUAUUCUCACAACAUUUGGAGAUCUAAGCGAAGAGGCUACACAGAAUAGGAAAUAUGCUAAAUGGAAAGCUGCUUACAUUCACAACUGUUUAAAAACUGGUGAAACUCCUAUACCGGGUCCCAUGAAAGAAGAAGGGGAAGAUGAUUCUGAAAUACUACCGCAAUCAGCUGAUGAUCCUAUAUUAUCCGAUAAUGAGGGUGUUGUACCCGAUGAAGAACAAGCGACUAAGGAUAAUAAGGAACCUCAACAAGAUUUGGAAGAAGAAGUUGGUAAUCCAGAGUCAGCUGAAGAAUUACAUCCAGAUCCUGAUACGGAAUUAGCCGAUGACGAAGAGAAGAGUGAAGGUUCUGUGCAACCAACGCCACCUCCAAGCACAGAUGCAUUUCAGUUUCCUUCCGUCCCUAGCAGUUCAAAUUCAAGCAUAACAACACCUUCUGCAAAACCCAAUCAAAAUAAUUUUCCUUAUCCAAAUAUUCCCACACCUAUGAAUCCUAAUCCAUACAAUCCAGCACCCACACCUACAAAUGCAGGACUUGAUCAGCCAGCAGGGUUCGGUUCGUACGACGACAGUUCAACAUUAAAGACAGAAAGUGGAGUUUCCCUGGACGUGGAACAAAUCGCGAAGGCUCAGAAAUAUGUAAAAUGGGCUGGAAGUGCCUUGAAUUACGAUGAUGUGCCGACAGCAGUUACUAAUAUCCGUAAAGCUUUACAUCUUUUAACUACUGGUCAAGACAUAGCUUAGAAAUAUACACACAGAACUGUCAAAGUUUUCUGUAUCGCUUUCCAUUUGAAAAUACUUCACAUAUAAACGGUGAUACAUAUAAUUAUUAGUUCUUGAAACAAUUAUAUUGGAAAAGGAUAAAACACUGAAGAGUGGUUUUGCAACUACAUUUACUUCACUUGCCUUGACGCUUCAGAUAAAAACUGACAUGUUGUCCAGCUUAAUAACGUCUAAAUGCGAGUUAUUGAAAAUAAUUGUAAUACAAUAUUUACUGUUACUAAAGUCCUUGUGAGUAAUGAGACUCUGAUAUUGAGAACAAUAUUUUUCUUAAUCCAUGCACGCGGCAAAUCUGAAACUAAUGAAUACAAGAGUUGAAUACAUAACUAUAUGUAAAUAAUAAUCUAUGCAUAUUUAAGUUCCUUGUAUGUAUAUCUUUAAUAAACGUUAGGAGAUAUGUCUUAACUUCACAA